CACUGCGGAAGCACUGCGGAAGCACUGCGGAAGCACUGCGGAAGCACUGCGGAAGCACUGCGGAAGCACUGCGGAAGCACUGCGGAAGCACUGCGGAAGCACUGCGGAAGCACUGCGGAAGCACUGCGGAAGCACUGCGGAAGCACUGCGGAAGCACUGCGGAAGCACUGCGGAAGCACUGCGGAAGCACUGCGGAAGCACUGCGGAAGCACUGCGGAAGCACUGCGGAAGCACUGCGGAAGCUAUGCCAUGACU